AUGACCGACCCAGAUGGCAACAAUCCACAAACUGAAGAAGAAUGUAAUCUUGCUAUGCAAGCAAUCAUGAGUAAAAUGGCAGAACAGUUGAGCUUCGGGUCGAAGGUUCUAAUCCAAGGUCAAGAAGACAUACUCACUCUUUCAGAAUACGAGGCGCUCUUCGCCGCCGACAUAAAAAUAUGUGAAAACGCUCUCGAUAUUGUCGCGGAUCUUGCCAGAAAACAAAAAGCCUACUUGGAAGCAGUGGUUGCUGUGAAGCGGUUUGAGCGGUCACUUCCAUCAACUUUAGCUAAUGCGUUCAAACAGGCAGAUGUGGAAACGAAUAAUGCACGUGAUUUACGCAAGCGAUUGAAGGAAGGUGAUUACUCAUUCUUCGUAUCCGUUUAUGCUAAAGGCGACAUUGAUGUGAACACGGCGCUGCUUUCUUGCAAUACCUCAGGCAACACUACCAGACCUUUUGUGUCGACGAUAACGGAUCACUUGAGCAACACUGCGGACGGAGUUUCCAGGUCCACUGCUUUCACGUCUUCCUGCUUAACAAAGGAAUCCUCCCUGACAUCGCAAAUUAGAGAAAGACCACAGUAUGCAUCUGACACAGCUCGUCGUUUUCUAAAUGAGAUUCAGCCGAACGCAAGGAAUGUUUCUUCCAAAACAGAGUCCAAAACGUGA